AUGAACUUCUACCCCCCUCCUCCGGUCAUCAAAGCCGAGCUCUACGUCCAAAUACCGGAUGCUAAGCGGUGCAUAGGGCGUGAAUCCGAGUGGCGAGGCGGGUUCGCUCGCGCAUUCCAGCACAUAUUCCUCGAGGGUCCCGUGGCAGCCGCUAAUGGAGACUUGUACGUCGUUGAUGUACCCUACGGACGAGUGCUGCGAAUCACGCAGGACAAGCAAGUAACAGUAUGCGCCGAAUGGGACGGCGAACCGAACGGCCUAGCGCCGCUUCCAGACGGCACACUCCUGGUAGCCGACUAUAAACAAGGGAUUCUGGCCCUGGACCCAUCGACGGGCAAGGUCACGCCGAAGAUGACUAGGAGGCACCUGGAGCGGUUCAAGGGCCCAAAUGACCUGAUUGUCGACUCCAAAGGGGAUAUAUACUUUACUGAUCAGGGCCAGACUGGCAUGACUGACCAGACUGGCAAGGUUUACAGACUGCGGACGGACGGCAGACUUGACACGCUUGUUGAAAACGGUGUCUCGCCUAACGGCCUUGUUCUUUCCAACGACGAGAGGUUUCUUUAUGUUGCCAUGACGAGAUCUAACCAGGUUUGGCGGCUGCCGCUCCACGAGGACGGAACCACUACCAAGGCUGGCGUCUUCUUCCAGUCGUUCGGUAAUGUUGGUCCUGAUGGGCUGGCGCUGGACGAAGAAGGAAAUCUCUUCAUCUGCCAUCCGAGCCUGGGGUCGGUUUUCGUAGUAGACAAGGACGGUGUCCCAAAGGCUCGGAUAGUGAGCGGAUCCAACGGGAUUAAUCUCACGAACUGCUGUUUCGGUGGACCCGAGAACAAGACGUUGUAUAUUACUGACAGUCUGGAAGGAAACGUGCAGAAGGUUGAGUGGCAUUGCAGAGGCGCGUUGCCUGUACCAACGGUUAAUUCACCAUCGGAGUGA